UUUCAUCUUCCCUGACACGGUACAUGAGGGGGGAACUGAUAACGAUCCAUAGACCCUGAGCUCAUCCGACGCUACAAUUCGGCGAGCGGGGAGGUGGUGCAAAACAAACAGCGACGUCGCUCGUGCGCAUGCGUUCGAGCAUGUGCACAUCGUCGCUGACGAGUGGAGCGGUGGACUUGCUUCGUGGUCGCGUGAGGUCGGGGCUGUGGAUCGGUGGACUAGCCCAAAAAAAGAAUGAGAAAAAAAAAAUUGGCUGCGGAAAUCACGAAAUCACCAGAAUCACCGUUGAUCCUGUUCAAGCGAUGGGCCGUGCAUGCCGCGCACCCAGGUCGCCGGUGCCGAUCCCUGCCCUGGCCCAUGUCUCGGAAUUUCCCACCCCCAUGCCACAAUGCCACCCACAACUCCGGAUCCGAGGUGCCCGUCGCCCAGCUCGACCAGCUCCAAGCUCCAAGCUCCAACUUGCAUUCUGGUGGCGGCGGCUGCGCGCAUCCAGGCUCACGCUCCAAGCACCCAGCUCCAUGCCAUGCCCGACCCCACGACUCACCUCGCCUCGGACCGCCUCCGGCUGCAGAUCGUGCAGAUCAGUCUCAUGUUCCUGCCCCUGGCACGUCGAGUGCGUGAUCUCUCACACCAUCUUGUCUUGUCGACAACAGCCUCGCCUCUGCUCGCUGCUUCCCCACACUUGGCGGCAAUGGAAGGCUUGGCACACAAGCGAGAUCUCACAGCCCGGCUUGGCGCGCGGGGCCGUGUGGCCAAUGUGGGGAACAAGCCCGCUGUCCGCUGCGAUCGGGACGCGUUGGGGCUGGUCGUGAUGGCCGAGUGGCGACGAUACGCUGGGGCGACGGAGUUGCAGCGUCUGGCGUCCAGCGUCUGGCGUUUGGCGUGUGCGUACGGCGUACGGCGUGCCGCACUCACCACGCCGAUUUCCAAGACGUCCGGUGAGCCGGCGAUCAGGCAGUCACCGCUCGGCAGUCACUCAGGGACUGUGAACCUGACCCGUGGGUUUCCAACUUUCCACCACAAAGCCGCCCCACCGCGGCCACCGCCCGAGUCGCCAAUCUCGCUCGCUCUGGAUUGGUCUGCGUAGGGUGGAGCGGUGGGCUCGGCGUGCGCCGCUGCGCCCCGCCAGCCGCCAAGCUUCGCCGCGGUCGACGGGCAUCUGCGCUCCCCGAGACAGCUGCGCCGAGUCAAGAGGCCAGCCAACCAGCCAUCGUCAAGCGAGCCAUGUCCUGCACGUGGCGACAGCGGG